AUGGCAGCUUCCAAAGAACCACCUGUGCCCGUGUCCGCCCCGGUACACACAAACACCGACGCCAGCAAAACCGUCGUCCGCGGCGCCUCCCUCCUCAUCAUCCUCCAAAUCGGCUCCCGCGCCGUCACCUUCAUCGCAAACCAGCUCCUCCUCCGCUUCCUGACCGCCCGCCUUCUCGGCGUCUCGACCCAACUGGAAGUCUACUACCUCUCCGUGCUCUUCUUCGCCCGAGAAUCCCUGCGCGUCGCCGUCCAGCGCCAGGAAACCCAGGACCGUUCCGCGGGUUCUUCCCCCCCAAGCAGCGGCAGCAAAACGAAUGACGACAGUAACCUCAAAACCCGCGUCGGCCGCGAAAGCCAGGCCGUGAUCAACCUCGGCUACCUCGCCAUCCUCCUAGGCAUCUUCGUCACUGUCGGCCUGGGAUGGCUCUACCUCGCCUCCGUCGACGCGUCCACCGCCCAGACGCCAAACUUUUCCCUCGCCCUCCGUCUCUACGCCCUCGCCGCCGUCCUGGAGCUCCUCUCGGAACCCUGCUUCGUGCUCAUGCAGACCCGCCUGCGCUUCGGCACCCGCGCCACCGCCGAGUCCGUCGCCACCUUCCUCCGGUGCACAGUCACCUUCGCCACCGCCUUCUGGGCCUCCAGGGCCGGCGUCGAGUUCGGCGUCCUCCCCUUCGCCGUCGGCCAGCUCACCUACGGCGCCAGCCUGCUCCUCGUCUACCUCUGGUCCGCCUCCCGCCUCGCCCGCGCCGACGGCUUCUCUCUCCUCCCCACGAGCCUCGGCGGCGCCGGCGCCGGGGGAGAGGACUACCUCGCUUCCUACUUUUACCGGCCCACCGUCAGCCUGGCCUCCAGCAUGACGGCCCAGAGCCUCGUCAAGCACGUCCUCACCCAGGGCGACACCUUUCUCGUCUCCGUUCUGUCGACCCCCCAAUCCCAGGGCGUCUACGCGCUAGCCAGCAACUACGGGGGUCUGCUGGCCCGCCUCGUCCUCCAGCCCAUCGAGGAGAGCAGUCGCAGCUACUUUAGCCGUCUCCUCUCCUCCUCCUCACAGGAUGCAAAGACCAAGCCAUCAUCCAAGGACAACACAACAGCGACAACCACGGCAAGCCAGCACCUCCACACCCUCCUUAAAUUCUACCUUCUCCUCUCCUCCAUCAUCGUGAGCAUCGGCCCCGUCGCCGCGCCCCCGCUCCUCGCCCUCGUCGCAGGCCGGCGCUGGGCCGCCGAGGGCGCAGGCGACGUCCUCGCCGUGUACUGCUACUACCUGCCCCUCCUCGCCCUCAACGGCGUCUCCGAGUCCUUUGUCGCCUCCGUCGCCUCCGAGGCCCAGGUCCACCGCCAAUCCGCCUGGAUGGGCGCCUUCUCCGUCGCCUUUGGCUCGGCCGCCUUCGUCUUCAUGCGCGUCAUGGACCUCGGCGCCCAGGGCCUCGUCUAUGCCAACUGCAUCAACAUGCUGUGCCGCAUCGUCUGGAGCCUCGCCUUCACCAAGUCUUACUUUGCAGGGUUGGAAACGCCGUUUGAUCUCUUUUCGCUGCGGCCUAACGCCGUUACCUCUAUCGUCUGUCUAUCUGCGCCGCACCUCAUUAGGAGAUUCGCCGGGGUUGCCUCGGCGGGCGUUUCUGCCUCCCCUUUCAAGGACCUCGUCGCCAUCGGCUUAGCCGCCGUUCCCGUCGUACUUUUGAUACUCUUUGCCGAACGCAGAUUUCUCCUGCAGUGUUACAACUCGGCCCGCAGACAAAAAACUGCAUAG